GCCCGCGGGAACGGGUCGUGGCGGGGGUGUGUGUGUGGGGGGGUCCUUGUACGGGGCCGCUCCGUGAUGCGGGGUCCCCGCUCCGUGCCCGCGGGGCUGCUCCGGACCGGCUGCGAGGGGGAUCCCGCAGCUCCCCCCGGCCCGGCCUCGCGCCCCGCAGCGCUCCCCGCUCGCAGCCCCGCAGCUCCGUCCUUACGCUCUGUGCCGUGUGCCCGUCCGUGGGACGUCGCUCCCCCGCCCCGGCCCGGCUCAAGGUCGCUCCCACGCCGCAACCCUCGCACGGAGCACGGUCCGCCCCGCCCCGCCGGUGCCGCUCAGCUGCCCCCGUUCCGCCCGCGCGGAGCACGCGCUACCCCCUUCGUCGGCACCGGGGGUCCCCGCGCGGCGGUGCCCGGGCUCUUCGCCAUCGCGACCCCCGAAGCCUCUGAACUUUGUCCUUCAGACGGCGCCGCUCGCACGAAGGCGCUCGGUUCAGUGUCACGGUCGGGCCGUGCCCGCAGCAUCCGCGCGGUGCGUUGGGCCGUGCGGUGCGCGCUGCUCCGGGCCGGCCCCGCGGGGCGGCAAUGCCGUGCCGCAACGGACCGUGCCGUGCCGUGCCGUGCCGCACAGCGCCGGGCCGUGCCCCGCUCUGCUCCCGGGCCGUGGCCCCUCCUGCGUCCCCAGGGGACGCCUCGGGGCCGCGUGCUGCACGUCGUGCCGCUGCCACGCCUCUGUCACGCUCCUGCUGCGCUCUUGGGCUGUCGCUAUCACGCACUUAUCACGUCCCCGUCGCACCCCGUCGGGUCCGUGUCACGUUCCCGUCGCAUCCUCAUCGUGCUCCUGUCCUGCCCCCGUUGUUCCCCUGUCGUACCCGUCGUGGCCCUGCCGCGUUUCUGUCACGCCCCGUCACGUCCCCGUCGCGCCUCAUUAAGCCCCGUCGCGUCCGUGUCGUGCCCCUAUCGUGCCGUCCCGUGUCGCUCCCCGCAGGAGGCUGCGCGGACUGACCGGCGCCUGCUGGACUUCCCGAGCAAGCUGCCGCACGUGGGCCUGGCCUCGCGGAUCGAGGAGGCGGAGGUGGAGGCGGAGCUGCAGCGGCUGGCGGCGCGCGUGGCGGCGGCGCGGGGCCCGGACGCGGCCUCGGGCCCGGGGCUGCGGCCGUUCCUGCGGGCGGCGGAGGAGGAGCUGCGCGCGGCGCGGGCGGAGCGGGAGCGGAUGUGCGGGACCGCGGCCGCGGCGCUCGACUUCUACUGCGAGGAGGCGGCGCCGGGCGCGCUGCGGGAGCUGUGUGCGGUGCUGCACGGCUUCGCGGGGCGCUUCCUGAACGCCGUGCAGGAGAACCGCGCCCGGGAGCAGGCGCAGCGCCGGCGGCGGCAGCUGGAGCUGCAGCGGCACAAGCGCCGCUCCGUCGCCACGUGCUCGUUGCGGGACGCGGAGCCCGGCGGAUCUGCCCGACCCCUCGACGCCGCUCCGGCGCUGCUCCGGCGGAACACGGCCCCGGCGCUGCCCGAGCUGCGGGGCGACCCCGAGUCCCCGCGGCCCGAGAGGUUCCCCUCGGCCCCGGCUCCCUCCGGCCCCGCGUCCCCCUCCCGUUUCGCCGCGCUGUUCUCCCGAUGGGGGUCCCGCCGGGCUCCCCCCGCGCCGUCGGGCGGCUCCGCGCUGCUCGGUUUCCUGCGGCGCCUGGCGGGCGGGGCGGCGCGCGGAGCCCCCCCCAGCUGAGAGCCGGGGGCUGCGGGACGGGUCCCGCGCCGCGGAGUUUUAUCUUCCCCUGUGCUUCUGUGUGACAAUAAUAAACGCAUCGGAACUCCU